AUGGCGGCGACUGCGACUGCGACGCAGAUGUUUCAGUUACCGUUACCGUUACGGUGUUUAUCUUCCGGCAAAAGGAAUUACGGUGUUUGUUCGCCGUCUCCGGUUGUAAUUUACAGAUGUAGUGAAAUUUCCGGUGAAGGAGGAUGUGAUCGUUUGGUGAGGCGGAGGAAAAAUCGGAGGUUCGGCAGUGUGAUAGCUCAGCAGGAGAAAGGAGACGCGACGGAGAUUCGAGUUCCUGUUCCGUUAACGUUAGAGCAACAAGAGAAGGAGAAAAAAAUUAGAGAUGAUGAUGAAGAAGAUGGAGAAGUAGAUCCUGAGGAUCUCAAAUACGUCAACGAGAUCAAACGGGUAUUGGAGCUACUCAGGAGGAACAGAGACAUGAUGUUUAGUGAGGUUAAGUUGACCAUCAUGAUUGAGGACCCAAGGGAAUUGGAAAAAAGGAGGUUACUUGGAAUAGAAGAUGCAGAUGCUCCGAGUAGAGAAGACUUAGCUGAAGCCUUGGAGCUGGUAAAUGAAGGGAAAAUACCUAAAGAUCGUCUCACUCUCCAGAUGCUGUAUGAGGAAAUGAUCCGUUGGCCAAAUUUAGAGGUUGAGGUUUCGAAGAAGCAGCGAGGAAAAUCGUUGUACGCUAAAUCUACAGACACUGGAAUAGAUCCAAAAGAAGCAGCCAAGAGACUCAAGGUAGAUUGGGAUUCAGCUGCUGCAAUUGAAGAAGCCGAUGUCGAUGAUGACACUGGAGUAGUACCCAAAGCCAUGGGUUAUGGAGCAUUGUACUUAGUCUCGUCUUUUCCAGUUAUCAUCGGUAUCUCAGUUGUAUUAAUCUUGUUUUACAAUUCCCUUCAAUAG